UCAAAAAUUGGUCGAGCCACUUGUUGACAUGUGUUGAACAUCUGCUUAUUAUAUAAUUUCAGUUCCGCUUUUUAUUUAUUUUAACUUUACUUCUCGGCUUAUAAAUUAUUUAUUAUUAAUAGUUUUUAGAGUCUGUCGUCUUGUCGAGUAGUUUCUCGUGUGUUGAAAGUGGCCAGUCCGCCCGAGAGGAGGCUUUACGAAAUUCUGCGCUGUACUUUUACUUUUAACGAGAGACAAUGGAUUUUUCUCAGUUGGGAAACGGCAUGGGAAAAUCGUCCCUUUCCCAAGGGAAGAGUGCUAUCGGAAAGAAAUGACUGUUGUGCAAUUGUGCCCGCAUUACGAGGUAUUUAUCGAAGCCAAGUGUAACGUAUCAAAAAAUGUAAUGUCCAAAAGGUUUUAUAACCUUGUAUGGUAAUUUGUGACAUCUCGACUUAAUAUUCAGGGAGUGAGUUUGCAACUUUUAUAAGUAAUUUACAUAAAUAUAAUACAGAGGAAGUAGCAGUAAGUUCGUGACCUCCAUAAAAAUACUCUCUGGCGAUGCCUACCUAAAUUUUACCAAUUAAGUUGUUUUUUUAAUAUUGAAAGAAUCGGCUUAGUUUUAAGGGUUUUUUAUUUAUAAAAUGUACAAUAGUUAGUAGUGAAACUGGCGGCUUAUCCGUUAAACGACAACCCGAGUAUAGGAGGAGAGAGGAGCCCGAUGCUGUCGACGAUGGCACCGUCUGACAUCCUGCCUCCAAAGAGGCAGGCGGUCGUCGAGAGGCUCCGGCGGCGCAUGGAAAACUACAGGAAACACCAGAAUGAGUGCAUUCCUAGGUUUGACUACUCGUUCAACAGUGUUGUCGAGCAGAACAUGCAAGACACGCUCCUCCUCAAGAAAAACUUCCUCGACAACAAAGUGAAAAAGGGUUCGAAAAAGUCUGAGAAGAAAGAUAUGAGUUACCAGAAUUCCAGGCCUUCGCCGCAGCAAUCUCAGCAACAACAGCAGCCGCAGAAGGUUGAAAUAAACACUAAAUUUAUGCCGAACAAUUCGCAAGAGUCUCCGAAGCAGGAGAACAUGACAAAACUCUCGGUUCAGAUAGUGCAGCAGCUCGAAUUCACGACCUCAUCGUCAAAUUCUCAAGUUUCGACGAAUGUCACAGUCAAAACUGUCAAUACAUCUGUUAAAAGUGAAACGCCACAUUCCUCACCUGCACCAAGCCCUGCCGCCACUACGUCCGACCCCGUGAAAUGUAAAAAAGAACCAGAAAACUCUGAAUUUGUAGAUCUUGAACAGUGUGCAGCUGCUUUAGAAAAAGACGCUGCUGCAAACGGGACUAAUUCAUUUUCUGCGUUCCCUGACUUGAUCGGAGACAGUUCUGACUUGAUAACUUCAGAAGCCUUCAAGGAUCUCAUAUCAGAAAUCGAUUUCAAUCCAGAAUUCAUGAGAGAUUUUGAUUUUGACAACAAAAACCAGAAACAUACGAUCAAAAUCGAGCCUGAUAACAAUGUUCCUCUUGUACAAAAACCCAAAUUUCCUCCUCCAACGAUAGACUUUUCAAACCCUGAGAUGAGCCCCGCAGCACAGACUUUGAAGCAGAUGGCAGAGCAGCAUCAACACAAAACGCAAAUUGGGCAUUCUUUUAAUCCUAGGCCUCCUGAUUCUAAUACUCUAGAUUUUCAGUUUAACAAAGCUGAACUGUUGAAUAACCAAAACUUCCAGUUCAGGCAGCAAAAUUCUCCAAGGAAUUUCAACACCGAUAACAUAAAACAGGAAAAUUUGCCUGGACAGAGUUCGCCUAAAGUGUUCAGGAUGAGUCCAAAUGAUAAACUCGGAUCGCAGUACAAGCCUUAUUACACACACGACAGUGAGAAUUUUAACAGCCGACAACUGCCGAGAGGAACGUUUCAGAUGAACCAGGCUCAACAGAUACAAGCCCAAGGGCCAGUGCGGAUUUCAAUGGCACAGAAGCUUGACGCCGAUAUAAAAGAAGCGAACCUUUCCCUAGGAUCGUCCCAGUCAGUUUACAUGACAUCCAAUCAAGAUUCUUGCUGUUCGGCUUCUCAGACACAAUCCAUCAGUUUUGAUAACAGGGGAUCUUUCGUGCACACACAGCAACAACCAGUAAAUGUCAUGAACCAGAUUCGGCCGGACAUGAACCGCUUCCAAAUCCCGAUGAUGAGGUACCCGCAGAGGAUGCAACAGCCGAUGUACAACCAAUACCCCCAUAUGAACCUUCCAUACCGGCCGCAGCCCGUUAACGCUGGUAACUGGAGGCGCCCCCUCCAAGACCAGUUCAUGCAAGCACAGGGCAUUUCCUUUGUGAACAACGACACCAGACUAGGUGCUGGGCAAAUCCAGUUGGGCAAUCUCAACAUGCCUCAGCAACAGCGCCUAGCAAUGGUCCAGCAGAAUGCAAACUCAUCUCUCAGGGUUGAAAUGGAGCAGAAAAUGGAAAGGAGCCCUCAGUGCCCUCAACCUCAAUCAAACCCUACGAACCAGUUCUCGGAGCAGCCUUUCGUCGGGAUACCUCCUGACUUCAAUCUCGACUUCCUCGACCUGCCUUCAGGUGACAGUUCCACAUUUUCCGAACAGGACUUUCUAAAUUCCCUUUAAAACCACAAAAUUAUCUUACAUUCAAAUUCUUAGAUCUUCCUUUUUAGUCUUCUCAAUAAUUCAUAACUAUGAUUAAUUGUAUUUAUUCAUAAAUUUAUUUUUUUAAUUAUUUGUAGAUCUUUAUUUUAAGUUUUCUUUUUUUGAAAGAAGUGUUGAUCAUUUGUUGCCAUUCAUGAGAAAAUAUUACUGCCAUUAAAUUAUAUGUACUGUUUUUUUAAUACACUGCCAGGACAGCGAGUUUAUAUUUAUUAAAGGGUUUAAAUUUCUUCCUAUGCGCUGCAAAAUGAAAAAUACUUCAAUUAAUAUAUCAUUUUUUAAUUUAUAUUUUCCCCUUUGUUUCAAUAAAUUUUACAAAAAAAUAUUUAUUAGGUUAAAGUAAAUAUACUAUCAUAAGCCUCAAAUAUAAAAUGUAUCGUUUGAGGUGGAAUGAUUAAAGAAUAGGACCAACUUGAUAAAUCAUUUUUCACCAUCAUAAUUUUUUUAGCAAUUCAUUUAUGUUGUUAAGAAUGAUAAUUGAAAUAGUAUACAUUAAAAAAAUAUCCAUUUCUGCUUUUUCUAUCUUAUCUUAAACAUUACUUUCAUACAAGGUGGAAGGAAUUGAAAUUGAUUUUUUUAUUUUAUUUUUUUAACGGAAGACGAUUAAAAUAAAAUACUUUUUAUUGAUGUACUAUUUUAAUUAAGGGAUUGUAAUUUUUUUUUUUUAACAUGAUCUGAAACUAUUUCCACUUUGAUUCUACAAUUUAACGCAGGAACGAGUCUGUUUUCUCCCCCAAUCACCCAAGCCAACUCAGAAUCUCAGAACUAAAAAU